CUUGACAUGGCGAAAGUUUUGAGAUAAAGGCCCAAGUCUUUGGACGCUGUUUGAUAGAGAAAAGGGCUCUCCUCUUGCAGACACAGAUGGUUUUCAGUGAAAAUCCAUUUUGCUCCUGCAACAAUGUCGGGUUUGCUCUACAUUGGCAGAUUUUCACCAUCGGGUUGGACUCAUCCUGGAGACAUAUCCGUUCAUCUCCUUUUAAUAGUUACAAGUACUAUCUCCCUUUUAGUAGUAUAUAUGCUGGGUGUAGGAUCUCAGAUGGAGUUCUUUACUGGAAAGACCCACGUUAUCCCCAUGAUGCCCCCAUUAUGGCUUUUGAUUUUGUCCAGGAGAAGUUCCGAAGGAUUCCCUUACCUGAUACUCAAGGAAACGGUACAAAGUAUGAUCUGCUGAAUUUUGGGCCCGUCGCUGUCGUGUCUGUAUCACCCGAAAGCAAUGAGAUGGUGGUUGUGCAUUAUAACUGCAGUAGGAGAAGUUCUGGAGAGCUAGCCGAAGGGAAUUGGGGUGAUGAAGAAAUAUAUGUUAUGCCAUCUCAGGGAUUCAGGCUUGAGGGAAUACUUCCCUGUGGGAAGUUGCUACUAUGUCAUGAAAAAGAUCGCUCCCCAGCUUGCAUUUACUUAUUUGAUCCGAUUAAGGGAGAGUCCAAGGAGAUUGUGAUGCAGAAAAACCCUUUCUUAUCCCCACUGCAUCUAAAUGGGGUGAACUAUUAUGUGGAGGAGAAUAUCAUCUCAUUGAGGAGCUUGGGCUGUAUAUGGACAGACAACCAAACACAAGAAAAUCUUGAAGUUCCUACCGAACCCAAAUCCAUAGGCUCAAGAGUCACUCAUUUUGGAUCUCGCCUCAGAAAGCUAUUUUGCUUGCCCCACUGAUCACCACCCCUGACUACACCCUCCACCAUCUUCGAG